AUGGCUGGAAGAGGAGCAGCAAGGCCGAAUGGUCAGUCACAGGCCAGUAAAAUCUGCCAGUUCAAGUUGGUGUUGCUGGGUGAAUCUGCAGUGGGCAAAUCCAGUCUGGUGUUGCGUUUUGUCAAGGGCCAGUUUCAUGAAUUCCAGGAGAGCACAAUUGGAGCUGCAUUUCUCACACAGUCGGUUUGCCUGGAUGACACAACAGUAAAAUUUGAGAUCUGGGACACAGCGGGACAAGAGCGAUAUCACAGUCUGGCUCCUAUGUACUAUAGGGGCGCACAAGCUGCCAUUGUGGUCUAUGACAUCACCAACCAGGAGACCUUUGCUAGAGCAAAGACAUGGGUUAAAGAGCUGCAGAGACAAGCCAGCCCAAACAUUGUGAUUGCACUCUCAGGCAACAAAGCAGACCUUACUAAUAAGCGCAUGGUUGAAUAUGAAGAAGCCCAGGCAUAUGCAGAUGACAACAGCCUGUUAUUUAUGGAAACCUCCGCCAAGACAGCCAUGAAUGUCAAUGACCUGUUUCUUGCAAUAGCUAAGAAACUGCCAAAAAAUGAGCCUCAGAACACAAGCGGGGGUUGCUGGCCGGAGCCGAGGUGUAGAUCUACAUGAGCAGACACAGCAGAACAAGAGCCAGUGCUGCAGCAAUUAA